CCUCUGUCAGCUGCCACUGGCACACACAAAGAUGCAGUGAAACAUUGCUUUUUUAACAUUUUGAAACUCUAAAUUCUUCUUAAUGUUCGCUGUUCGUGUGUUUGACUCAGUCUCUACUGAUACGUACCCCCACCAACUGCUUUGCCCUUGUCUUACUUGACUCCCCACUUUUCAUUCCCGGCUCUGUCUAUUUCUGUCCCUCGCUGAGUCAGAUGGACAUCUCCCAACUUAGAAUGACACAAACAGGCGGACCGACUACCAAUUCAGAGUGACUCAAAACAUCAAGAGGACUCUAAAAAACAAUACUUGGAGUUGAAAAGAGAAGAUUUGGGGGAAAUUACCAAGAUGGACGAAUGUGAGAGUCUGUAUUCAGAGAUGACGGAGCUGCAGGAGUUUCAGUGUGAAGCUUCAGAUGUCAUGAGCCAGGACGAUGAAGAUGAAUUGGAAGAACUACAAAACAGUCUCCGAGAAGUUGUCCAGGACCCAUCGGUGAAGCCCAAGCUCCAAUGCCUAAUGGUGGAUCCGUCGUUCUCGAUGGUAACAGUUCAGAGCGAGGACAGUGGUAUUGUUUGGGAGACGGCCUCUAGCCGCUGCUCUACUCCGUGGGCCUCUGAGACGAGCUCCACCUCUGAAGCUUACAGCAUGGAGGGCUCAGGAGCUGCGGGAAAGAUCACCAUCGUCUUUGAUGAGGAGAAAGUAGUCCGCAGGAGGACGAGGUCUGGAGGAAGAAGCAGUAGGCUCGGGGACAGGCUGAGCCGACCUGGGAGCUCGAGAUCGGCUUCAGCUCUAGGAGUGGAGAGACCGGAGAUGGCAGAGGUUUCACUUCCCAAUGUCAAGCAGGAAAAUAGCAAAACAGAGACGGGCUUGGAGGAAAUCAAAAGCAAAGAUCAGCAGCUUUUUAGUUUGAUUUCAGAGGGCUAUGAGAUUCUUAACAUUAGAGUCCCCUCUAAACUACCCACUGUGGACGAGGAGGAGAGUACAGAGCUGCAGGACAAUUUGUCUUAUCUGGAUCAGACUCCAAAGAUCAAGUCUCAUAACCACAUUGAGUGGACGUUGCAAGAUAAUCAAGUCUUGCCAGAGGGGGAGGAAAUACUGGAACACCAGGAGCCCUCAAAGCAAGAUUCUUCUCAGCCAUCAGCAGACACAGGACACACACCCACUCAGAGAGAAAGCACCGGUGACAUCGACUAUUUCGAGAAGUUUACCCUUUUGGAUGUGGUGGCUCCUGGAGAACAAGCAGAGCUGCAGGAGGAGGUUAAACAGCCUGCAGCAAAACUCCAAGCUGAGGAACAAAAGCCUGCAGGAGAAACAGCCACAGGCGCCCCCUCUGCAUCCGAGGACUCUUUCGUGUUUGUUUCGGAUGUAGAUAUAGUUGGGGAACACUUUGAUGAGGUCUUUUAUGGAGAAGGACUUCCUGCUGAUGCACUACAUCAGAGAGAAGAGGACAAGACUGAGAGCCAAGGAGGGAUGAGAAGCAGACGAGAAAGCCAGAGGUCAACGAAGGGGAGCGGAUCAGUGUUGUUUGAGAGUGAAGAGACCACUCUCACGCCCAUCUUUAUCUCUCCUGGACCUCCUAAGAUCAUUGACCCGAUCCUGCUGGAGGAGCCCACUGCCAUGUCCUUCAUGUACUCUGACCUUUACGAGGAUGCUGUGGGUGAAAGGAGGAAGAGUGAUGAGGAAUACUCUGAAGCAGAGAGCGUGGCAUCUGAGAAGUCUUACAGGAGACGUUUGUCAGAUUCAGAGGAGGCACAUGGGUACCUGGAGAAGUUCAUUUUAAAAGACGAAACUCCUACGCUGGAUGUUCAACCAGAGCCAGUGGCCAGUGAGAGUGAAGGAAGGAUGAUGUGGCCGCAGAGUAAGUUUGAAAUUACAGGAUGUCUAAUACGAGUACCAGAAGAAGAAAAGAAAAAAAAGGUAAAGAAGGAGGAACCAGAGGAGCAGCAAGUCAGUGUUGGAGACAGGAGUGAAGAUUUGCACGAGCAAAGAGGAGUAGAUAGGAGAAAAGUUAAAGAACCAGAGGAAAUGCAACUCUCUGAGGCUACUCAGGAGGAGACUAUAGGAGUGACCUUGGAAGAUUCAGGUCAGGAGUCUAAACCACCGGAGAAAAAAAUGGAAGAUCAACAAAUGAAGCUUGAAGGUAAGACAGACAUGACAGAGUCUUCUGAGUGCAGCUCAGAAAAGCCACUUCCUGAAACUCACCAGGUGGACUGUAAAGUAGACCACACACAACAGAGUGAGGGUCAUCAGAGAGAAGAAGAAAAAAAGUGUGAGCAAAGCUGCACUGAACCUGAGCAUGGCUGUGAGGAGGUGUCAGAAAAGACUGAUGAAAAGACGCCUGUAGUGCGUGCAGAUGUAGAAGCACCUGUAAGCAGCAAGGUGCCUCCUGCUGUCAUUAAAUCUGAAGUACAAGCAGAAACCUGGAAGACGAGUUUGCCUGAGGAGGUUGUUUCUGACACCAAAAUAGAGUCUGCUGAUGAAGAACUAGUAACCAAAGCAGAGGCCUUAGCUGAAGUGAAGGAACCUGAGACUGUAACACAGGAAACGUUUACUCUGACUGAACCCUCGGCUCAAACACCAACGUUACAGCACAAAGAGGCUGAAGAUGUUGGACCUGUUGAGGUUAUCACGGACUGUGAUGCUGCAGUGCACACUGUUGUGGAGGUAACAGAAAAAGCAGUGAAUGAAAAAGAGAUUCAAACCCAAGUUUGUGUUGAUCUUCAGGAAGUGAGAAGUAUUCCUGAAGGACACGAACCUCUGACAGGGAAAACUACUGCUGAGGACAAGUUGGAUAAAGAAGGGUUAGAGGUCACAGCCACGUCCAUUGAAGUAACCAAGCCUGUUUCAGAAGCAGUCAUGACAGAUGCAGAUGAGAAACUUCAUGUAACCCUUAAAACUCAGCAGAAGCAACAAGACAUGAUUGAUGGUGAAUCAGAUGAAACAAACUCUAAAGUACCCGCAGAGACCAGUACGACUUUGGUGCAGGACAUAGUGACCGUAGGUGAUGAGCUAAUCCUCCUCGUCCCCAAAGGAGAAGCUGUAGAGAUGGAUGUAGAGAUCAGUCAGUGGUCAGAGAAAGAUACGGUUCCUCUCCCUGAGUCUAACAGCACAGCUGAACUUCAGGCACCAGUAGAAGAAACAAUGAUGGAGUCUGAAGUCAAAGUAGAACCAGAAAUCUCUGCAGUAGAAAAAGAACAAACCAGGAAUGAUUUCGAUAUGGACUAUUCGCCACCUGCACCUGUAGAGGAAACUGACUCCAAGGAGGCGAAGAUGCAGAGACCCACAGAAGAAGACAAAAUCAUCUUUACUCCCCAAGACGAUUCAUAUGAAGUGCACAGAGAGGAAAUACAUCCUGAACAAACGGUCGUAGAACAGAUGGCAGAGAUCCACAAGAUGGAAGAAACGAGCGUUAUUAAAGAAGAUCUAGUUCCACAUGUUGAGCUGCAAAGAGAGGAUGUUGAGCAACAAAUGGAGCAAGAUUGGGGAUUUGCUGGGCGCCCCGAUGUACCUGACGUUGAGAUGGAAUAUGAAGUGAUAUCUAAACAGGAUGCAAAGGAGAUGCCAGAACCUGAAACACAGAGAGAUGUGGCUGGGCUAUUACCACAGCCUACUCUGAAGAAAGAAGAGGAUGAAGAGAUGGUGGUAGAGAAGGUAGAUUAUUUCCCAGAAGAAGAAGAAGAAAUGAUUGAGGCUGACUAUGAAAUAAUCGACGCAGAGGAGGAAAUGCAGGCCCAGUUAGCUGCUGAGCUACAGGGGAUGGACUGGUUCUGUCUCACCUGUGGAUUUCUGCUGUCAGAGAAAGACUGCAUGUCUGGAGAGCAUCACAGCCACGAUGUGACUGCUGUGGAUACGGCCUACGAAGAAAUAAAGGAGUCGCUAAAUGGCUGGAUCUCAGAGCUUCAGGGGAGAUCGGAGAACAUUGAGGACUUGGUGUCAGAGCUGGAGCUUGCCUACAACUCUGUGGAGGAUCAGUUCAUAGAGAGCGAGGCGGCCAUGAAGGCUCAGAACAAGGAGAUGAUGGACGUGGUGAUGGAGCAGUACAAUAACAUGUCUGUCAGCAUGGAGGAGGAGAAGAAGACCAAGCUGGAGCAGCUCUAUGAUCAGAUUGUCUCCUUCCAGGAGAGCAUUGACUCAGCCAAGGCCAUUCUGGAGACCACAAGCAGAGAGGCUGAGACUGAGGCCAGGUCGCCUGAAGACAUUCAUGCAAGACUUACAGCAGCUCUGGACUCAGCCUCGACGAUGGAGCUGGGUCCCAAGGGACUGCUGGUGUUUGAGGACUACGCCAAGGCCAACACUUCAAGCUCAAACCUCGCACAGCGCAAGGGGAUCCCAGUGCCCCAGAGGCCGACACUGCUGCCGCAGGAGCCGGGCUCAGCCACCAGCACCAGCGUCACAGUUUACUGGAAAGUCAACCCUGGAGAUAUCAUAGACUGCUUCCAGGUCUACUGCAUGGAGGAUCCACAGGGCGCUGUGUCAGAGGAGUACCGUGUGACAGUAAAGGAGAGUUACUGUGUCCUGGAGGACCUAGAAUCUGACAAGAUGUACAAGGUGUGGGUGAUGGCUGUCAACUAUACAGGCUGCUCUCUGCCCAGCGAGAGACUUACCUUCAGAACUGCUCCUACAGUGCCAGUGAUAGACACAGAGCGCUGCAGCAUCCUGUGGGAUUCAGCUGCUCUGAGGUGGAGCUCAGCAGAGCAGAGUCCCGGACAGAGUUACACUUUGGAGUACUGCCGACAGUAUGAACUGGAAGGAGAAGGGCUCAGAUCCAUCUCAGGUAUCAAAACCUGUGAGCAAAAGAUUCUCCUGCAGCCCUGUGAGAAUUACCUGUUUUACAUCAAAGCUGUGAAUGAGGCUGGGGCCAGUGAACAGAGCGAGGCUGCACUCAUUUCCACAAAAGGGACGAGGUUCCACCUGCUGAAGGCAUCAGCUCAUCCUGCUCUGCAGCUCUCAGAGAACCAGACCACUCUGCACUAUUCCCAGGAUGCACACAAAACCGCCUCGCUCACAGGCACACAGUGUCCAUCCAUCCUGGGUGAGCUGCUGCCAGCGCGAGGGAUCUAUUACUGGGAAACCAGUGUGUCACAAAGUACGGCCUACAGGCUCGGAGUGGCAUACAGCACUGCCAACAGAAACAGCUCACUGGGGGAAAAUAGCCUGUCCUGGUGUUUGCAGUGUAGUCCCUCACCAUCAGGUUUCAGGUAUCAGUUACUCCACAAUGACAUUCAGUCCAGCGUGUUUGUGACUGAGAUGCCUGACCGAGUGGGCACUCUCCUGGACUACCAGCUCGGUCGUCUGUCUUUCUACAAUGCCCAAAGCGGUCAGUUAUUAGGCACCUUCAGACAGAGCUUCACCCAGCCAUGCCAACCCGCUCUGGCUUUGGAGUUGCCUGGCAGCCUGGAGAUCAGCAUGGUGCUGGUGGUGCCCGAGUUUACCAAGGACAGCUAGCUCUGCUAGUAGCCUAACACAGUGGAGAGUUUACAGGUCACGAUGGACUCUUAAAAUGUUGAAGAAUAAUGCAGAAGAGAUGAUUCCUCUAAACCUAAUAUAUGGAUUUGUGUGUUGUUAGCGAAAGGAAGAAUGAUCACUUCAAGCAUCCUUGGAUUUCUUGAAAGGUGGUAUACAAAUCUAAGUUAUUAUUAUUAGUACUUCAACCACAUAGAGCUUUAAAAGCUAGUUUUCUGCAAUUGAAUACAAAUAAAUAUGUAAUUGGGUAAAGAAAAAACCAAAAAAGGACGCUGUCAAUUUAAAAAAAAGAAGUUCUAUUUCAUAUAAAUGGAUUUAAAUUAAGUGAUUUAUUUCCCCCAUUGAUGAGCGCGUUGUACUUUGUACACAAAGAAAAAUGAAAUGUGAAAAAUGUUAUAAUUCUGAACAAAACGUGUGACAAUUUUUUUUUACUGUUUUUGUAAAAGUUUUUCUAAUUUCGCCCAGUUCCUUCAAUCCCUUCAUCACAGAUACUGUUAGUAAAUACUCGAAUAACAUAUAGACGUCCAAACACAACCACUGUAUAAUUAGUCCUUCAACAAAUUGUUAUUCAAGUUUUUUUUUUGUCACCACAAAGUUUUAGACUGAGUUUGUGUCUCCAAACAUACACUGUGGCACUUUUUAAACUGUUUCAUAAUGUGAAUAGGUUUGUUUUGUGUAAAUAACCUUUUUAAAGAGAUGUGAUCAGUUCUUUGUUUCUUAUGUGCGACUGUCAACAAAUGCAGAUCAGCUGUUUUUCUUCUUCUGUCUUGUAAAAACUGAUUUUUCUGGUCUGAAAGAACAUGAUUAUUUUUCUAUCUGCUCAACUGGACUAAUUGGUUUGACUCAUUUACCAUCCAGCCAUCCUCCCCUUAUCAAGUUCAGGGUUGAUGAAGCCUGUCUCAGCUGUCACAGAGAGGCAGGGUACACUCUGGACAGGACGCCAGUCUGUUGCAGGGACUGUGGGAGGAAGCUCCACAUAAACUCCACAUAGAAAGGACCCUUUAUUUGAACCAAGCACCUCUGUGCUGCAGAUGUGUUUUGACUCCUUUUCCCAAUAAUAUGUCACCACUAGGGGGCCUCGGUGCUCCGUUAACUGUAUUACUGUCUUUUUAAAAAUAAUCUUUCUGGAAGUUACGAGAACUGUAAACCUGAUCUGAACCAAAUGACCACAAAAAGAAACUGAAAUCUAAUUAUUUUCCAGACAAGCUUUUUUUUUGGUGUUUGUCCUAAAGAUUGUAUUUCCACCCAUAUGUAUUUGUUACUCAAUUUAGACUUUCAAAUCCUCUUUUAUAAGCAGGUUUGUGAGCCACAAGCGAUCAUCACAGUUACAUGCUUUUGGAGAGGACAUUCGCAGUUAUUGCGUCAUUAUUUUCCAGGCAAUCACACCAUUUCCCCCUUCUCGCUCACCUCUGACACCUUUUAUCAUUUCUGGGAAAAUGGAAAGAGGGAGGGAGCAGAAAUGUGGAGGGUACACACAUGCAACCCAUCAGUGACCAGAUGCUCCAUGUGAUGUGCUGGAUUCUUCGGCUGGAGCCUGGAGAAAAGCCCUCUUAGGAGGGACAGCCUUCCUCUGGUGGACAACACUCUGUUGGAGCCACCAGAUUUCUCUUGAUGCUAUUUAAUAUUACUUGACAAACAUAUUGUUCCAGCACAGGAAGGCAGAAGAUGACCAAAAUUUCUAACAGAUCCAAAAUGUGGUAUUUAUUUCCAGCUACUGCACCCGCUUCCCAAGCCAUCCAGGAGAAAUCUCAGCAGGAUACUCGCCUUCACGUGACUGACUUGGACAAUACCUGGAGUCAAGUAUGCGUCGUUUCCUCUCAGCUUUCUCUGUGAUUAAUUUUUUCCAGGCUGAAGGCCAAAACUAGACAAAGAGCCCUCUAUCCUCCCAACAUCUAAACAAAUGAUCACACAGUCAGUAGAGGUACGGCAGGCAACAGAGAAAUCUUCUGUAAUUGUUACUGGAAAAACCCAAAAGCAUGCCUUGAUGCUUUGGCUUGGUUUGAGGAUGGAGGAAAGAUCAGCAUUCAGAAAUUAAACAGGAUGGCGAGAGUCUGUGAGAAAGUUCUUGUCUGGUGUUAGAGGACAUUAUUUUGACUAUUGUUCAAUCACGCCACAAUAUUCAACAAUACUGGGGGGGGAAAGCCAGAAACCGUUUUUAUCAUAUAUGCAUUUUAAUAGACACUUACAGAUUGUGAGCAACAGAAAUUACAAAUAUAAUUUUGGAUAUAUGUAUCAAAAUGAUGAAGAACACAGCAUGUUGACACUUGUACAAGACACGAGGAGUCAUGAAGGCACACUUUUCCCUUAUGGUCCUUACAAGACGGCUGACCAGCAUCAACCCCCCCCCCGAGCACAUCUGUUUCAGAGCACAUCUGUUUCAGAGCACGGUGCUUUCAAGAGCAUGCGGCCAUGAAGUGACUUUUUGAAGGUCUGAGGUGAAGAGAAAUCAUAUAAAGGAAUCAUACGGAGUAGAAACACUUCGAGGGAAUUUCUAACUUUGUGGUCCAAAUUAUAGUGUUUAAAAAAAACAAACCAAGAUAACUAAUGAGACAUUUCCAACCCUUUCAGUCUGUGGCACAGGAAAUUAUAGCAGCACAAAACUGAAACGAAACUGAGCGAAAAUGGUAGUGGAAAAAAGAAAACAAAAGCAACAGCAGAAGUGAGUAGAUUCUUAAAGCCACAUGACAUCGUGAACAAAAAAAACCAUGAUCCUCGGGUCACACACAAGCACAUUAGUCCCAAAUAUAAUGCAUGGAUGGCCCUUCUCUUACCUCUGUGUGUCUAGCAACAACA